AUGUGUACCAAUGUCCCCGAAUUAGGAGCAGGCAAAUGCGACAGUGGCAAAGUCCCCAAAGUUAACUGCUCGGAUGGAUUAGAUCUGUGUAUGAGCUUGAAAGGGAAAAUGACGUAUCUUGACCAUACUCUGAACAUCGAACUAAAGAACUGUUCCAACAACGUUCUGUGUGACUCAGCCAGCGACUUCAACGGUACGAACAAUGCGGAUUCUGAAGUUCAAAAGCCGAUUGACGACUGAGUUUUUCGCUGCCGUCAAUCAUCUUAACGGACCUCUUAGGAAACAAAACUUUACUUUAACGGGUUCAAAAGGUCAUGGAUUGUGAUUUGUGAUUGGUGGAUUUCGAUCCGUUUUGCGUGUUUCUGUGUUGCUAGGUUCGUUGCUUGUGAUCGUAAUUAUGAUUGACGCCAGCGAAAAACGCAAUUGUGAAGUCGGCGUUUGAACUUUGGAGUUCGCAUGUUUGUGAAAAGCGCAGUAAGUUUUACCGUUUGUUUUCGCCUCCAUUUUUGAAGCUACUGACCAUGUUGUUGUUGUCGGGUUUCGUCGCUUGUUAAUAGUAUCAAAGACCAGACCGAUAAGCUGGCAAAUCUUGGUAUUCUUGUCCCUUCGCUUAGUGAUAUCUGUGAAAAAAUACAAGGGGCGUACGAGCAAGAAAAUGUUUGAAGUAAAACAUGCAAUGGGCGACAGGCCGCAUUUCUCAGACGGUAUGGGAUUUUACCUAUUUCUGUAACAAGAAAAUCUCUUUCAGACUUUUUGUACUUAUAAAAUGUACGGUUAUUUGUUCGUUGCUGUGUCUUUUUCUGUAGCGGGUAAAUAUCGUAUUGGUACAGUUUGUACUUAGGCUGAAGCAUCAUUAUGAUAUUUCACGAACUGAAAAGUGUUGUGAAAGCGAAGUUCGCUCAGAAUAAUUCGCAGGUUUCUAAAGGAGGAAUUACAGUCAACCCGCCAGUGAAACCGGGACAGAUUAACUUCAUGAAUGGAUUAUUUGAAAAGUAAACCGUUUGUCGCUUCUGUAACUUGUAGCCGGUAUCAAAUUGAAUUCAAAUGAUCGGUGAAUUUUUGACUGCAACUUUUUAGUUUACGAUGAGUUGUAAAAAAUAUUUUAAUGGAUGAAAUUCUAUUUAGGCAGUCUUCAAAUUCAAGAAAACUGAGCCGGCAGAAAUUUAAUAACGACCUCGCGUGUGUAUUCACUGCUCGUGACGCAAGGAAAAAUGCAGACUGAAAUCAACAACAACUAACGGAUGGCGGCAUUUUGGCCAAUCGGAACAGCGCAAAUCAUCCGUAUUGAUUCCUAUCCAAUCAGAAAAAAGUCCAGAUUCUGGCCUUUUUGCAUGUGAUCUGUGAGAGCAUUGUAUCAUGCCCUCCUCCCGAAAACAGAUUAAAGAGACAAAGGGAGAGGGCAUGAUAUCAGGCUAUUGUAUUUCUUGACUGUAAAUUCUAAUUUUCCGAGGAGGAUCCUCAUACUUCCCACAUAGGAGUCACCUCCUUUAUUUCAGCAGAAUAACUCCUAUCCUUCUUUUUCAGCGUGCAAGCUCCUGAACCAGACGGGCUUUCUUACUUCAUGUUCGCUGACCUGCACCACACCGGAUACCACACCGGAUACCACACCGGACACCGGUGGAGUGAAAAAACUGGGGCCAAGGGCAUUCUUUGGCGCCAUGUUUUUGUUGGCCUUAAUUCCCAGUGUUUUCUAA